AUGAGACGUUUUUGGACGUACGCCGUUACGCUAUUAUUGUUUCGCGUGUCGUCGCCGGUCGCCGCGGCGCACGGCGUCCAUCGACCGGGUUCGCCGUGUCUCGACGGCACCGCCGCCGCCGCCGCCGCCGCCGCCGUGACGGCCGUUCUCCCGUCGUCACUGCCGAUUCCGUCGCGGCCGCCGGCCGUCGCGAUCAUCGCCCAAGGUACGGAUUUAUUUCAUUAGUCUUUUAUCGCGAUCAAAAAAAAAAACGUGUGGAGAACAAAAACAAAUGUAACAUUAAGAGCACGUUACACGUUCGUUUUUUCGUUACUGUCUUACAAACACGAGAAAUAGUAAUAAAAACAUGCUCACGCAGACUACGCAGAAUUCGCCGAGUUUUGGUUUUAGAGUAAAAGCGCCCCCCCCCCCCAUUAUGAAACUAACAGAGAACAAUAGUCCGGGGGGCAAGACCUUAAUGCUUAUUGAAAAAGUAAUUUUUAAAAAAGUUUUAGCUAGUUAAAAAAACGUCGAAAAAAUCGUUAUUCAUAAACGGUAAAUUAACCGUUACAUUCGGAAAAAAAAAAUGGAAAAAACGUUACGUUCUGCCCUGCAAAAUAUUGUUCUCUUUUCGAUUUUACAAUACGUGUUUUUACUCUAAAACCGAAAUUAAACCAGUUCUGUGUAGUCUGCGUAAGACUGUCUGUUGAAAGACUCGUAACAACUAUCAAUGCAUGUGUACCGUCCUCUUAAUAACAUAGAGUUUCCCCGGUACACAACAAUAACAAUACGACAAUUGCGGUACCUUGGAAAUUUUUGUAUUUUAUUUUUUUUUUCGAUAUAAUUUAAGAAACUAUCAGUUGUGCAAUGUGUUACAUUACCGUUGUUUUUCGUCGCCUUUAUUUUCACGGGCGAACCGACUGUGUACCUACUUUUGUUCGUUUACGAACGACAGCCUAUGUUGAAAAUUCCAUAAAUAUUAUACGCAGUAUUAGAAUGAAUACAUUUUGGUGUUUUUUUUUUUUUUAAUUUCCGAUUGAACCCGUUGAAUGGAUAUUUCAUUUUUAAGUUUGGUCAGGGAAAGAAUAGGGGAGCGACACAGGUUACCUACGAAUACCUAGUGCAAAAAACAUUCCAAGGUGUCGCAAUGAUCACAUUUUCGUGGGACACUGUAUGUGUUUUUAAUAAAUAUGACGUCACAAUAAUGCUAUAAAUAUAAUUCGGUUACUCGUAUUGUCAUUAAGAUAUGAUCGAACGCGGUGUGUUCGUUAUAAAAUCAAACGUUCAGACUUAUUGAAGAACCGUAGACAUUUGCGAUUAACAAGUUAAAAAAGUUAAUUUUAAUUUUGAACUGAUUUUUUGAUUUUUUAAUAUAGCAGUGUUUUUGUUUUCAUUAAUUUAAUGAAUAACGAAUGUGAAUUUUGAACUAUACUUACCACUUUAAGUUAUUUUAAUUUCCUUUGAAUUCUGAGUUUUUAACACUAUAUAUUAUGGUAAUCAUAUUUUAUACUACCGUGUAUAACAGAUAAUCAUUUUUUUUAAAUCGUCCGUUGUGUCCUGAUCUCCCAGGAGAAGCUGAGUAUACACGAGUACAUAACCCUCUGCGUAGCUGAGUGGUUAUGUUUAAAAUUAAUCAUCCUUAUUUAAACAAAAUAAAAAAUCCAUGAUGUCAAUUAAUUUCACCGUGAAAUUAACUUGAGUUAAUAGGUUAAAUUAAAUUUUUAAAUUAACUUUCAACUCGAACCGUUUAAUUCGAAAAACAAUAGUUAACUGUAUUAACGUGUUAACUCGUUGAUUUGUUUUCAAUUAAUUUUAUAAUUAACUACGUUAAUACGUCAACUUCAUUAACUCGUUUAGCCUCGUAUGUUCGGGAUAGUUAAUAUCGGUCGAACUACGACCGUAAUAUUGUAUAAUUUUUGAUAAUUGUACAAAAAUAAUAUGUAAAUUACUACUUUUUUUUGUCGUUUUUCUUUUCUCACUGCACGACAAAUUAUUCCGAAACCGUGUUUUUUUUUUUUUGUUGUUGUUUGUCUAUUAUAGCCAGAGGGAAAAAGAAAAAAAGAAAAACCACCUCGGCGGUCCUGAUGAUCGGCGGGAGCGCCGUCGCAGCUUCCGUAAUACUGUUCGCCAUUUUGAACGCGAUAACCGCGGCGUUGGUCAAAGCGUUCGUGUUCACUUUCGUCGCCAAGUUUCUGGUGUCCGCGAAUUGGAGACCGUCCGGCAACAGUUCCAAGGGGCACGCGCAUCGCAAGGGCAACGUAAUGAUCUUAAUGGAAUGA